CGGUCAUGUCAAGUCAAUUGUCAAAUUUGUCAAAUAUGUGUGAUUGGAAUAAAUGCGAUUAAAUUAUUUCGCGACUAUUCGCGAAAAGUAAUUUUAUUUGUUACAAAGUGUGUGUCUGUUAUUUUUUAUAUAUCAUUUAUUUUUGAUUUAAAAUAAAUUUGAAUUAUUAUGAGAUAGUGCUAGUGAAAGUGCUAAAAAACUUAAUUGUGAUUUUUAAACUCGUAAGAAAUGAAAAAUGAAUAACAGCUCUGAUUAUAUUUAUUGGUCCGAGCUACAUUGCUCAAAAGAUGCUCUCACGGAUAACUAUGGAUGGUUCAUGCAGUUCCUGUUGGCAGUAUUGGCGUUUACUUGUUUAAUUGGUAAAAGGUUCUGUGAGCCCCGGUAUGCAAGAAGACCAUGGCUUAUUUGGUUCUAUGAUACCUCCAAGCAAGGUUUGGGAGCACUGAUCAUCCAUGCAGCCAAUGUAUGGCUGUCACCACAUCUCACUGGGAAUCCAUGCACAUGGUAUAUAGUCAACUUUAUGUUGGAUUCCACGCUAGGCCUGCUAAUAAUAUGGGCUGGUAUCAGACUAGCCCAGUACUGUGCAAGGACUUAUGACAUACCACUUAUCAACUUUGGUGAAUAUGGUAAACCGCCGAUGUGCUCCGCAUGGAUAUGCCAAUGCAUAUUGUAUGCAGCCCUCGCUACCUUCGCGAAGUCUGUUCUGGCGCUGGUACUCCGACUACCGCCAGUGGUCGCCGUCCUCUCCACCUUACGCCUGUCGCCAGUAUCCGACCCUCGAUUAGAACUGGCUGUCGUCAUGCUCAUCAUACCCUUCUUUGUUAAUAUAUUAAUAUUUUGGGUGACAGACAACUUCCUCAUGUAUCACCCUCGAGGAGUAAGCUCGAAGAUAAAGACCAAGGUGAGGUAUCAGUCCAUUAAAAAAGAAAAGUCAGGAUCCGAAGAGGAGAGAGAUUCAGCGGACGAGCGGCUAUUGGGAGCCAGUGUAUGACCUUACAGGAAGCCCAGUCUAUGUCGGGCUUAAAAUUGUAAUCUCUUAGAAUAUAUCUUCACUACUGACUUGCCAUGCCAAUAUCAACUGGCAACACAACCGUCAGUCUUACGUGAAUUUCAUCGAUUACCGAUCGAUAUUUGAUUUUUGAACAAAUUAUCGCUAAUCGAUUAAAAAUUAAUUUCCAUUCUCUCGAAUUGUAAUCGAUACUUGUAAAAUUGUGUUUGUAUAUAUAUGUAUGUAUAUUAAAUGGAGGUAUGGCAAGUCCUGUAGAAGUGUGCAGUCCAAAUAGGAGUGACCUUCAGCUAUUUGUGAUAUUUCGUAAGGCGUUAGACCAACUUUCCCAAAGCAGUUCUUGUAAAAGGAACCUCCUUUAUUCUUA